UUGUGGGAAGUAGCCAUGGUCUGAGGCUGGCGCCUCACCUGUCAGCCGCCCGGGCUGCUACAGUCUCUUCUGGCCCUCGCAUCCCGGGCGAUCGCUGCUGUCGGGACCCGGGCGGCUGCGGCCACCAUGAUACAUUUCAUCUUGCUCUUCAGUCGACAAGGGAAGCUGCGGCUGCAGAAAUGGUACACCACGCUCCCUGACAAAGAGAGGAAGAAGAUCACCCGGGAGAUCAUCCAGACCGUCCUCUCUCGUGGACACAGGACCAGCAGUUUCAUUGACUGGAAGGAGCUGAAACUUGUUUAUAAAAGGUAUGCUAGUUUAUAUUUUUGCUGUGCAAUAGAAAACCAAGACAAUGAGCUCUUGACACUAGAGAUUGUUCAUCGUUAUGUGGAGUUGCUGGAUAAGUACUUUGGAAAUGUCUGUGAGCUGGACAUUAUCUUUAAUUUUGAAAAGGCAUAUUUUAUCCUUGACGAGUUUAUAAUAGGUGGAGAAAUUCAGGAAACAUCCAAGAAAACAGCGGUCAAGGCCAUUGAAGACUCUGAUAUGUUACAAGAGACAAUGGAAGAAUACAUGAGCAAGCCAACAUUUUAAGUGUACAGCCUACUUGAAGAUUCUGAGCGCUUCAUGCUGUGAUCCUACAAACAAGCAACUCCUCGCAUCCGGUCUCCACACGGCCUCUGGCACAACGCCAAAAAUGACUUAAAGGGAUUCUGUGCUAGCUAGCAAAUGUCAAGUUGUUGCUCCAUGUCUGUAUGAUACUGUGUGGCAAUACCCACGGUGGCUCCAGGCGAUUCCGAUUAAUGGCUGCAGACACAAUAGUUGCUUGUCUUGCUUUAAAUCUUGUAGUAUUUUUUAAAGGCAAUUUCAAAUAUUAGUUGCAA